UGUUAGCAGCUGUCACUCUCACGCCACUUCAAUGCCGAUGGCGGUAGUGUUCUUGACAUUCGUUUGUGUAAUAAUUAAUUCUGCUGGAAAGUGAACAAUAUACCUAAGUGAAUUCAGUGACAUUCUCGAUUGUAUUUUUAUUGAUACCACUGGUUUAAAAUAUCGGACAUUUGUUUAUUCUAUCAACCAUGACUCCAGUCUGAAGACGGUGUGUGUGUUCAGAAGUUGUGCUGCACCUUGGCCACAAUGUUCCAGAAACCAACCUUCGGAGCCAAUUCCUCGGGCUUUGGCUCCUUCAAUGCGGGUGCAACAACAUCCUCUCCCUUCGGCGGGGGCUUCAAGAGCACCACCAACAGCGCGUUCGGAGCCCCGCCGGCCUUCGGGGCCGCCGCGCAGCCCGCCGCCGGGGGCGGACUGUUUGGGGCGCCCAACACUUCAAGCGGAGUUUUUGGAACAACAAACACAUCUGGGUUCGGUUCGGGAGGGAGCUUCGGAGGGUUUGGAGCCAGCUCGUCAGGCGGGGGCCUGUUCGGGGCCUCGCAGCCCGCUCCGUUGUUCGGGGCCCAGCAGCAGCAGCCCUUCCAAGCGAAACCAGCUGGUUUCGGGUUCGGCGGCACAUCGACCAGCACAGCGGCCGCCACGCCGGGUUCGACGCUGUUCGGAGCCGCGCCGGCCACGGGCGGCAUGUUCGGCCAGCAGCCCGCCAUGGGCGGCACGCUCUUCGGCAAUAAUACCGGAGGCUUCGGACAGCAGCAAACAGCCACGGGCACAGCUCACGCGAAAUACAACCCAGUGGUUGGCACCGACGUGGUCGUCAAGUCCGGGACUUCGCAGAACAUCAACAUCAAGCACCAUUGCAUCACUUGUAUGAAGGAAUAUGAGAACAAAUCUUUGGAAGAGUUGAGGCUUGAAGACUACACGGCGGGCCGUAAGGGGGCGCAGGGGGGAGGGGUGUUUGGCUUUAGUCAGCCACAGCAAGAGAACAAACCACUUUUCGGCGGUUCCACGUUCGGUGCUCCGGCCACGACGAGCGCCGGCGUGUUCGGCGGCGGCGCGCUCGGCGCCUCCACCACCGGCUUCGGAAACACCAGCACAUUUUCAUUCGGCGGCGGCGCGCAAAACACGACGCAAACCAAUUCCUUGUUCGGAGCCAGCAAACCUGCCUUCGGGGCCACCUCCACCGUCGGUACUGGCUUGUUCGGAGCGACGACCACACAAGCACCUACCUUCGGCACCACCACCUCUACUUUCGGAGGGUUUGGGACGAACACAGCCACACAGCCAAGCACGGGGUUGUUCGGUGCGAAGCCCGCCACGACGGGGUUCGGCGCGCCGCCCAGCUCGGGCUUCGGGGCCUUCGGCGCGGGCGGCGGCCUGUUCGGCGCCAAGCCCAACGCGCCGCCGCCCGCCUUCGGCCAGCCCGCACCCGCAUUCGGCUCCCUGAACACAUCUGGUUUCGGCACAACGACGAGUACCUCAGGCGGUCUGUUUGGGGCCAACAACACAUUUGGCAAGCCUGCAACACAACCCACUUUCGGCUUCAAUCAGCCCACGCUUGGUGGGGGUCUGGGCACGAACACGUUCCAAACGAAGCCCGCCGGGCCCGCGUUCGGGUCCCUCGGCGGAGGCUCGCUGUUUCAGCAGCCGCAGCAACAGAACACCUUCAAAACUGAUGGCUUAGGAGGCGGGCUGGGCGGCGGCAUGUUCGGGAACACGAGUGGUCUCGGCGGCCUGGGCGGUCUAGGCACGCAACAGACAUUCGGCACUAACACUAGCUUCAUGGGACAGAGCGGUCUAUCAGCCGCUCCUCAAAACAACGUGCACGAGCAGAUUCUUUCGCUCGUCGCUCGGCCCUACGGAGACUCGCCGCUCUUCAAAGACUUGGUCCCUGAUUCAACAACAGCGGAAGAUGCCCUAAAACCCACUAACCCGGCGGCGGUCGCAGCAGUACUGGCCAACGACGCUAACUACAGGGUCGGCUCCUCUGUCUCGCGGCUCAAAGUGUUGCCCAGGGCCGCCUCGCACCCUCAGGUAAACGUAACUUCAGCCACAACAGCGGAAGAGGCUCUAAAACCCACUAACCCGGCGGCGGUCGCAGCAGUACUGGCCAACGACGCUAACUACAGGGUCGGCUCCUCUGUCUCGCGGCUCAAAGUGUUGCCCAGGGCCGCCUCGCACCCUCAGGUAAACGUAACUUCAGCCACAACAGCGGAAGAGGCUCUAAAACCCACUAACCCGGCGGCGGUCGCAGCAGUACUGGCCAACGACGCUAACUACAGGGUCGGCUCCUCUGUCUCGCGGCUCAAAGUGUUGCCCAGGGCCGCCUCGCACCCUCAGGUAAACGUAACUUCAGCCACAACAGCGGAAGAGGCUCUAAAACCCACUAACCCGGCGGCGGUCGCAGCAGUACUGGCCAACGACGCUAACUACAGGGUCGGCUCCUCUGUCUCGCGGCUCAAAGUGUUGCCCAGGGCCGCCUCGCACCCUCAGGUAAACGUAACUUCAGCCACAACAGCGGAAGAGGCUCUAAAACCCACUAACCCGGCGGCGGUCGCAGCAGUACUGGCCAACGACGCUAACUACAGGGUCGGCUCCUCUGUCUCGCGGCUCAAAGUGUUGCCCAGGGCCGCCUCGCACCCUCAGGUAAACGUAACUUCAGCCACAACAGCGGAAGAGGCUCUAAAACCCACUAACCCGGCGGCGGUCGCAGCAGUACUGGCCAACGACGCUAACUACAGGGUCGGCUCCUCUGUCUCGCGGCUCAAAGUGUUGCCCAGGGCCGCCUCGCACCCUCAGGUAAACGUAACUUCAGCCACAACAGCGGAAGAGGCUCUAAAACCCACUAACCCGGCGGCGGUCGCAGCAGUACUGGCCAACGACGCUAACUACAGGGUCGGCUCCUCUGUCUCGCGGCUCAAAGUGUUGCCCAGGGCCGCCUCGCACCCUCAGGUAAACGUAACUUCAGCCACAACAGCGGAAGAGGCUCUAAAACCCACUAACCCGGCGGCGGUCGCAGCAGUACUGGCCAACGACGCUAACUACAGGGUCGGCUCCUCUGUCUCGCGGCUCAAAGUGUUGCCCAGGGCCGCCUCGCACCCUCAGGUAAACGUAACUUCAGCCACAACAGCGGAAGAGGCUCUAAAACCCACUAACCCGGCGGCGGUCGCAGCAGUACUGGCCAACGACGCUAACUACAGGGUCGGCUCCUCUGUCUCGCGGCUCAAAGUGUUGCCCAGGGCCGCCUCGCACCCUCAGGUAAACGUAACUUCAGCCACAACAGCGGAAGAGGCUCUAAAACCCACUAACCCGGCGGCGGUCGCAGCAGUACUGGCCAACGACGCUAACUACAGGGUCGGCUCCUCUGUCUCGCGGCUCAAAGUGUUGCCCAGGGCCGCCUCGCACCCUCAGGUAAACGUAACUUCAGCCACAACAGCGGAAGAGGCUCUAAAACCCACUAACCCGGCGGCGGUCGCAGCAGUACUGGCCAACGACGCUAACUACAGGGUCGGCUCCUCUGUCUCGCGGCUCAAAGUGUUGCCCAGGGCCGCCUCGCACCCUCAGGUAAACGUAACUUCAGCCACAACAGCGGAAGAGGCUCUAAAACCCACUAACCCGGCGGCGGUCGCAGCAGUACUGGCCAACGACGCUAACUACAGGGUCGGCUCCUCUGUCUCGCGGCUCAAAGUGUUGCCCAGGGCCGCCUCGCACCCUCAGGUAAACGUAACUUCAGCCACAACAGCGGAAGAGGCUCUAAAACCCACUAACCCGGCGGCGGUCGCAGCAGUACUGGCCAACGACGCUAACUACAGGGUCGGCUCCUCUGUCUCGCGGCUCAAAGUGUUGCCCAGGGCCGCCUCGCACCCUCAGGUAAACGUAACUUCAGCCACAACAGCGGAAGAGGCUCUAAAACCCACUAACCCGGCGGCGGUCGCAGCAGUACUGGCCAACGACGCUAACUACAGGGUCGGCUCCUCUGUCUCGCGGCUCAAAGUGUUGCCCAGGGCCGCCUCGCACCCUCAGGUAAACGUAACUUCAGCCACAACAGCGGAAGAGGCUCUAAAACCCACUAACCCGGCGGCGGUCGCAGCAGUACUGGCCAACGACGCUAACUACAGGGUCGGCUCCUCUGUCUCGCGGCUCAAAGUGUUGCCCAGGGCCGCCUCGCACCCUCAGGUAAACGUAACUUCAGCCACAACAGCGGAAGAGGCUCUAAAACCCACUAACCCGGCGGCGGUCGCAGCAGUACUGGCCAACGACGCUAACUACAGGGUCGGCUCCUCUGUCUCGCGGCUCAAAGUGUUGCCCAGGGCCGCCUCGCACCCUCAGGUAAACGUAACUUCAGCCACAACAGCGGAAGAGGCUCUAAAACCCACUAACCCGGCGGCGGUCGCAGCAGUACUGGCCAACGACGCUAACUACAGGGUCGGCUCCUCUGUCUCGCGGCUCAAAGUGUUGCCCAGGGCCGCCUCGCACCCUCAGGUAAACGUAACUUCAGCCACAACAGCGGAAGAGGCUCUAAAACCCACUAACCCGGCGGCGGUCGCAGCAGUACUGGCCAACGACGCUAACUACAGGGUCGGCUCCUCUGUCUCGCGGCUCAAAGUGUUGCCCAGGGCCGCCUCGCACCCUCAGGUAAACGUAACUUCAGCCACAACAGCGGAAGAGGCUCUAAAACCCACUAACCCGGCGGCGGUCGCAGCAGUACUGGCCAACGACGCUAACUACAGGGUCGGCUCCUCUGUCUCGCGGCUCAAAGUGUUGCCCAGGGCCGCCUCGCACCCUCAGAAAUCGCUGUUCGACGGUCUAGAAGAGUACGACGCCAGCUUAGAAGACCAGCUCACCCUGAAGCCGAGCAGAAAGCGCCUCGUGCUGCGACCCAAGAACACCCACACUCCGGAACUAGAAACACAAAACAGAUCUUCAGACGAGCAGAACCAUAGUAGAGACGUGCCAACCCAGACGGAGAAAGAGCGGACGGAGGUCAACUCUAACGGCGACCCGGACGGACGACGGAACCUCAGCAACAACAACAGUGAGGGUCUCCAAACGCACCGCGGGCCGGAUUUGGCCCGCGGGCCGCGGUUGGACACCCCUGCAUUAGAGAACCAUAGAGACGUGCCAACCCAGACGGAGAAAGAGCGGACGGAGGUCAACUCUAACGGCGACCCGGACGGACGACGGAACCUCAGCAACAACAACAAUAUAGAACUCAGUUCAGAGAAACAUGCCAGUUGGCUCAGUUCUCCAAAGGCUCCAUGGCACGAUAAGGAGAAGCAAAGCGAGGAAGAGCCUACUUCCCGACUCUAUCCUGAUUUAGAUAAGGAGUUACCGGCACAGUUUCCCGAACGGCGGUCUAGUUGGCUGACAACGAAGACCCUUCGGAAACCGCCGCCCUCCGCCGCCGAAACGUCAGCCGAACACUCAUUGCGGGAACUUGGCGUUAGGAGCGAAAGAGACAAAGAGAACAUCGACAGCUUGUCCGUUUCAGAGGAGGAGAGUAUGACCCGCGAGCCGCCGCCGGCCGCGCCGCACCCGGCGGGCGUCAAACUAACCAGACCGGGGUACUACACCAUACCCUCGCUAGAAGAGAUGGUCGCAUACAUGCGUCCGGAUGGUUCGUGCGUGGUCCCACACCUGACUAUCGGUCGAAAGAACUACGGGAAUGUGUUCUACGAUUGUGAGGUCGACGUUGCCAACCUAGACCUAGAUGCAUUGGUACAUUUCUUAAAUAAGGAGGUGAUAGUGUACCCUGAGGAUUCUGACAAGCCGCCAGUAGGCCAAGGGCUGAACCGGCGCGCCGUGGUCACGCUCGACCGGAUCUGGCCGCGGGACAAGACGGAGAAGACCCCCAUCACGGACCCGGAGAGAUUACUAACAAUGGACUACGAGGGCAAGCUGCGCCGUGUGUGCGACAAACACGACACUAAGUUCAUCGAGUACCGCCCGCAGACCGGCAGCUGGGUGUUCCGGGUGGAGCAUUUCAGCAAGUACGGAUUAACCGAUUCCGAUGAGGAGGACGAUCCAACGCCGACCGUGCUCAAGCGGCAGCUAGUCAACGAAACUUUGCAGAAAAAUGCUGCACCAGCUCAAAUACCACCAGUAUCAGCAGCGCCCGGCCUCGGCGGUCUCGGCCCAGGCCUAGGAGGCCUCAGCAGCUUCGCCGGCCCCGGGCUCGGCGGCCUCGGCCUCAGCGGGCCCGGCCUCGGUGGCCUCGGAGCGCCGGGAUUGGGAGAUGAUAGCUUGUAUGCUAUGCAGCAUACGUCUCUUGAUCUGCUGGGACAGGCGGGGAAAGCCUUUGAUAUGGACACGACAGAAGAGAACGGCGAGCCUCAGAGCCUCUACGACUCUACCAGAGGGUUUGGUGUGAAGAGUCCCACAGCAGAACUGGCCCGUUUGGAGAACAGACAGAGCCACCAUGUUCAAUUGAUGAAGGCAUCCAUUUAUGCUGAUGACAUGGAUAUGGACGACGGCACGUCAACGUCGACGGGCGACCAGCAAGUGCCCGCGCCGCGGAGCGUGUUCCGUCUGGCCCCGCGCGACAACUUGCCCCCCGUCGUAGAGGAGACCGGAGCAUUAGUGCACUUACCUGACAUAUCGUCUGGCGUGGAUUUACCUAUGCGGCCUCUCAUCGUGAAUCCAGAGAAAAUCGUACUCAAGUACCAUAGGAAAGUGCUGCCAUUCAAACUGACUAUAGCUGGUAAACUGGACGCGGCUUGUAUAGCGGAUCUGUCAGUGAGUCGCGCUCGCCACAGUCGUGUGGGGUUCGGUCCCGGCGGCGCCAUGGUCUUCGCCUCCACGUAUGACGCUCUCGUCGACCUGCCCAGAGCGGCACAGCUAUCGGAGAUCGGUAAAUACGUCGCGGGGCGUGCUGAAGACGACUGGAGCGAGCCCGUGGUCGCCAGGCUGGCCAUAGGACAGACUGACACCACCACCAACUUCAUGACCACGCUCACCAAGCAGAUGGAAACCCUCCUGGAAUGGUCGACGUCUUUCCCCGCUGAGGAAUCGGCCGAGGAACAUUGUCCGCGGCUCACGCUGAAGGAGGCGCCGCGGGACAGGAGGGAAGCCCUGCGGGCGCUCCGCGAGCGCGCGGGGCAGGACCGGGACAGGAAAACUAAGUUUGGCGUGUCGGGAGCGUACUGCUACGAGGUGUGGACGCUGUGCGAGGCGCUGUGGGGCGCGGACUUAGACAACGGCGGCGUUCCUGGCACAGAUGACUUGUCAGUAGUGAACCGUCAUCGAGAGCUGCUACGUUGGCUGACGGAGGCGGUGGCCGCCAUCACCGACCGUGAGCUAGAACGGCCGUGCAAGCCAGAGGCGGAGGAUGAGACAGACGGGCACAGUGCGCGUGUAUGGACCCUGCUAUUAGGCGGGCGGUUACUGGAGGCCUGCAAGGUCUCUAGAGACCACGGAGACAUGCACAUGGCCUCACUCAUCGCGCAAGCCGCUGGAGACGGGGUAUUCCGCAGCCUCAUAGCUCGUCAGCUGUCUCAAUGGCGAGAGUGCGGAGCCGAAAGCACAGUGUCAGCACACCGACUGGCCUCCUUACAACUCCUCGCUGGCUUGGAGAGCCCCCGGACCAAGCUCAUGGAAGGCGACUGGCUGCAGACACUACAUGCCACUGCCAGAUACAUCUGCGCGCCCGUCCCCUCCCUUGAGCACGUGGUGCGCACGUACGAGAGCUUCUUCGUGUCCGAGCCAGAGGGCGCGGCCGACCUCACCGCGGUGCUCGACGACCAGGCCGAGCUCAAGUGCCCCCUGCCCCCCUAUAUGGGAGAGUACGACGUCACUGUCCACGAUAACGGCAAGCAACGCCGCGUGCUCGACCUACGCUACGAGUUAAUCAGGGCUCGAGCCUUCAACCACAGCCCUAAACUGCACCCUGCAGCCUACACCCCCGACCCUACCGACUACAGUUUAAGCUUCCUGCUCGGCGUGUGGUUCGGGAGUCCCUCUAUAGAGAGCAUUACCGGAGUCGCCGAACAACUAGAGGCGGCGGGAGCGUGGCAUCUCGCCGUGCAGGCGCUGGCUCACCACCCUAACGAUGCCGCUCGCGGGCACCUGAUCCGCGGCGUGCUGUCGCGCCACGCGCCGGCGCGCGCCGACACGCCGGAGCUGCGCGCGCGGCUGGAGCUGGUGGCGGCGCUGCGCGUGCCGCGCCGGUGGCUGCUGCUCGCGCAGGCGCACCGCGCCAAGUACGAGCACCUACCAGCGGUAGAGGCGGAGCAUCUAGUCGGUGCCGAGCAGUGGAACGCUGCACACAAAGUGUUGUUAGAAGAACUGCUGCCCGAAGCCGUGUUGGCCGAUGACCUACGCAGUAUAGCACCGCUGCUCGAACAGCUAAACGAGGCCGCGGAACGUCACGAGGUCAGCGGCUGGCAACACGGCGGGCAAGCACUCCACCACUACAUCAGGGUGUGCGACGAGAUCCGCAGCCUAGUAUCGUGUAUGGAUGCCGACCGCGAAAGCGUACAGACACGCUUAGAGGCCUUGCGGCCUCGCGUGGCCGCCGCCUGCCGCGCCCAAGCGGGCCUCACUGUCAAGACUCCCCGGCACGCCGCGGCCCGCGCCGAGAUGGGCGCGCGGCUGCUGCAGCUGGCCGUAGCCGCUCGGGAGCCGCCCCAGCACCUCGCCGCAUUAUUGGCCGCCCUGCCGUUGCCGCCCGACUGCACCGCCACGGCCCGUCAGAAGAUCACGAUGGAGCUCGCCGAGCAGGCGUCAGAGAUGUGCAUAGAAUCGUCAGACACAUCCCCACACAGGCCCACAAUACAGGCGUAAACUACAAGCUGUAUAAAAUAGUUGUCGUCAAAGAAUAGGGGGUAUUACUGCAAUGUUCUGCCGCCAGAGUGCAGCACUAAGCUAGCUAGUAAACCAUAGAGUAACUUAUACAUCAUCAUCUCAGCUAUAAGACGUCCACUGCUGAACAUAGGCCUCCCCCUUGGACCUCCACACGUACCGGUUGGAAGCGACCCGCAUCCAGCGUCCUCCGGCGACCUUAACAAGGUCGUCUGUCCAUCUUGUGGGAGGACGUCCUACGCUGCGCUUGCUAGUCCGUGGUCUCCACUCGAGCACUUUUCGACCCCAUCCCAUCGGUCAUCUUCAACUUAUACAUACUGUGCCUUAAACUGUUUUUUGACAAGUUUUCACAGACAAUAAAAUAUGACAUUGAUGCAUCAAGGCCGUUUGUUAACAAGGGCCUACCGGGAAACGCGAAAAUCGACAUUUAGUUAUCUGCCUCUCUUUCAAUCGAAUAUGCAAGAGUGAUAGAGAGGCAGAAACCGAACUUUCGAUUGUCGUGUUUCACGGUAGGCCAUGUGAUUGAGCUAGUGCCCUCUAUGCAGAGGUUUGCGUAAUAUUCCCUAUUACUUGGAAGACUAGUAAGGCUCCGUACAUUAUCCGCUAACUCUUGUUGUCAACAUUUUACGUUUGACAAUCCACUUAUCAAAAACUAUGGCGCCAUUUACUUCAGCUACCAAACUCGGGGCGUUCAUACUCCCUUAUUCAUAAAACUUUACGGGCCUGAUUUAGUUAAAUUAUGUUUUAUCCCUUUCUUACAAAUACAUAAGUCAAAAUGACAGAUAGAGACAAACGAUUCAUAGCUAAUUCAGGCCAGUAACGUAUUUAUGAGCCAAUAGACUAACCCCUUUAUGCAUAAACAUGCAACAAACCUCAAUUAUCUAAUAAUCGUUUGUCCUUAUCUGUCAUUUUGACUUAUGUAUUUGUAAGAAAGGGACAAAACAUAAUUUAACUAAAUCAGGUCCGUAAAGUUUUAUGA